UACUAUCAUAUCCCACACACUCACGAGUCACGACUCACCUAUUCUAUAUAUAAUCUCCCAUUUCCUUAACUCACCCAACUCACACACACUUUCGGUUUCCCCAAAUGCCUUCCACCUUCUCACCCCUCAUUGCUCUCAUCCUCCUCCUCCUUUGGCACACGUGCCAGGCACGUGACCCCUUCGCCUGCGACCCAAAAGAUGCCACCACGAACAACAUGGCGUUCUGCAAGGGCUCCGUGGCGAUAGGGGAGAGGGUGAAGGACCUCAUUGGAAGGUUGAGUCUGCAAGAGAAAGUUAGGCUUCUGGUGAACAAUGCCGCGCCGCUUCCACGCCUUGGGAUCAAAGGCUACGAGUGGUGGUCCGAAGCACUUCACGGCGUUUCCAAUGUGGGCCCUGGAACCAAGUUUGAUGCUCACUUUCCCGCCGCCACUAGCUUCCCUCAAGUCAUCACCACCGCUGCUUCCUUCAACGCUUCUUUGUGGGAAGCAAUUGGACGGGUUGUGUCUGAUGAAGCAAGGGCCAUGUACAACGGUGGAACAGCAGGGCUCACGUAUUGGAGUCCAAACGUGAACAUUUUCAGGGACCCAAGGUGGGGCCGUGGACAGGAAACUCCCGGUGAGGACCCUGUGCUAGCCGGUAGAUAUGCCGCUAGUUACGUCAGAGGCCUACAGGGCACCGACGCUAACCGGUUGAAGGUUGCUGCUUGUUGCAAACACUUCACCGCUUAUGACCUCGAUAAUUGGAACGGCGUCGAUCGCUUCCACUUUAAUGCACAGGUGAGUAAGCAGGACAUAGAGGAUACAUUCGACGUGCCAUUCAGAAUGUGUGUGAGCGAAGGGAAAGUAGCGAGUGUCAUGUGUUCUUACAAUCAAGUGAAUGGGGUCCCUACUUGUGCCGACCCCAACCUCCUCAAGAAAACUGUUCGCGGACUGUGGCAACUUGAUGGGUAUAUUGUAUCAGACUGUGAUUCCGUUGGUGUGUUCUAUGAUAACCAACACUACACAUCAACGCCAGAAGAAGCUGCCGCAGAUGCCAUUAAAGCAGGUUUGGAUUUAGACUGUGGGCCUUUUCUAGCUGUGCACACGCAGGACGCGGUCAAAAAGGGAUUGCUAAGCGAAGCUGAUGUCAACACUGCUUUGGUGAACACACUCACGGUCCAAAUGAGGUUAGGGAUGUUUGACGGAGAGCCAUCGGCCCAUCCAUAUGGUCAUUUGGGCCCAAAAGAUGUGUGCAAACCGGCCCAUCAAGACCUCGCUCUUGAAGCUGCAAGACAAGGAAUUGUGCUUCUUAAGAACACUGGCCCUGUUUUGCCUCUAUCCCCUCAGCGUCACCAUACCGUCGCUGUUAUUGGGCCCAAUUCUAAUGCCACUGUUACAAUGAUUGGAAACUAUGCUGGUAUUGCAUGUGGAUAUACCAGCCCCCUACAAGGAAUAGGUAGAUACGCCCGGACUAUUCAUCAGUUGGGCUGCCAAAAUGUAGCUUGUACUAAUGACAGGCAAUUUGGGCCUGCCAUAAAUGCAGCCCGUCAAGCAGAUGCAACCGUUUUGGUAAUGGGCUUGGACCAGUCCAUUGAAGCUGAAACCGUGGACAGGACUGGGUUGCUUUUGCCAGGGCGUCAGCAAGACCUUGUUUCAAAAGUGGCAGCUGCCUCAAAAGGACCAACCAUUUUGGUCUUAAUGUCCGGUGGGCCUUUGGACAUCAGCUUUGCAAAGAACAACCCUCGAAUUGUGGGGAUCCUGUGGGCCGGUUAUCCGGGCCAAGCUGGUGGUGCUGCCAUCGCAGAUAUAGUGUUUGGAACAGCUAACCCAGGGGGGAAGCUGCCUGUGACAUGGUACCCGCAAGAAUAUCUAACAAAGUUGCCAAUGACAAAGAUGGCAAUGCGAGCAAGUAAAUCAGCAGGGUACCCAGGAAGAACGUAUAGAUUCUACAAUGGCCCAAUGGUGUACCCAUUUGGGCACGGAUUAACAUACACACACUUUGUUCAUACAUUAGCAAGUGCUCCCACAGUGGUGUCGGUUCCAUUGAAUGGUCACCGGCGUGCCAAUGCGACGAAUUUGUCAAACAGGGCAAUAAGAGUGUCCCAUGCACGGUGUGGGAAGCUCUCGAUCACGCUCCAGGUGGACGUAAAAAAUGUGGGGUCCAGAGAUGGCACACACACGUUGCUAGUGUUCUCUGCUCCACCUGCAGGUGCUGGUGCUCAUUGGGCACUAGAGAAGCAACUUGUGGCGUUUGAGAAGGUUCAUGUUCGUGCCAAGGGUCAACAGAGAGUUGGAGUGAAUAUUCACGUGUGCAAGCUUUUAAGUGUAGUGGAUAAGUCUGGGAUCAGGAGAAUCCCGUUGGGGGAACACAGUCUUCAUAUUGGUGAUGUUAGACACUCCGUGUCACUUCAACCUCAAGCACUUGGGAUUAUCAAGUCCUGAAGUUUAGGCCAAGGUGGGGAAUAUCUAUGUGCCUCUUACUCAACUGUAUGCCACGUAAAUAUUAAUUAGUGUUUGGUUCUAAUGAGCCAUCUAUUCAAAACCAAACUGUUGAUACACAAGGAUUGAAGACAAGACGUGUUAGAUUGAUUCAUCUAUCACACUCCAAUAAAACAAUAGGAUUGGUUCCAUUUUGGAUAGGAGAUUAAGGAAAUGCAUUGUUCUCUCUUCUUCUCUAUCUUUCUACCUUAUAUAGGACUUCUAUUUUGUGUUCUCAAUAGGAUUGGUAAAUUGUAAUUGUAAUUGUAACUUCUCCUUUUGUCUUUCUUACAAGAUUGGUAAUAAGAUUGGCAUAUAAAUUCUCUGCUUUAGAA